GGCCAGGUCAGGCUCAGAGCGUGGGACACAGGGGCCUUCUGCCUCCGCCUGUAUUUCCCUCCUGCUCUCUCUCUCUCUGCCUUUGGCAUAUACCUCUCCUCCUCCCCACUCCCCUUUCCCCGCCCACAUGCUCAUGAGUUGGACUCCAGAAGAGAGCAAGGGGCAGGGAGAGCCCCUAGAUGACAGACACCCCCUCUGUGCCAGGCUGGUGGAGAAGCCCAGUAGAGGGUCUGAGGAACACCCCAAGUCUGGCCUGGGACCCAUCGUCACCCGCACGGCCUCAGGACCUGCCCUUGCCUUCUGGCAGGCAGUGCUGGCUGGGGACGAGGGCUGCGUCUCCCGCAUCCUCGCGGAUUCCAGUACUGGCCUGGCUCCUGAUUCUGUCUUUGAUACCAGCGACCCAGAGCGAUGGAGGGAUUUCCGCUUCAACAUCCGUGCUCUGAGACUGUGGUCUCUGACAUACAAAGAGGAGCUGACCACCCCACUGCAUGUGGCGGCCAGCCGUGGCCACACCGAAGUCCUGCGGCUGCUGCUGAGGCGGCGAGCAAGGCCAGACAGUGCCCCUGGGGGCCGCACCGCCCUGCACGAGGCCUGUGCUGCAGGCCACACUGCCUGUGUUCAUGUGCUGCUGGUGGCAGGAGCCGACCCCAACAUCGCUGACCAGGAUGGGAAACGCCCCCUGCAUCUCUGCCGGGGACCUGGCACCCUUGAGUGUGCGGAGCUGCUCCUGAGGUUUGGAGCAAGAGUGGAUGGUCGGUCCGAGGAGGAAGAGGAGACCCCUUUGCAUGUGGCUGCCCGGCUUGGCCAUGUGGAGCUGGCAGAUCUGCUUCUAAGACGGGGGGCAUGUCCUGAUGCCCGCGAUGCCGAAGGCUGGACCCCACUGCUGGCUGCCUGUGACAUCCACUGCCAGUCCACCGCCGAUGCCGAGGCCACCACGGCCUGCUGCCUGCAGCUGUGCAGCUUGCUGCUUUCAGCUGGAGCAGACGCCGAUGCUGCCGACCGGGACAAGCAUCGACCCCUGCACCUGGCCUGUCGCCGUGGCCAUGCAGCUGUCGUGGAGCUGCUCCUGUCCUGUGGCGUCAGUGCCAAUGCCAUGGACUAUGGGGGACACACGCCCCUGCACUGCGCUCUGCAGGGCCCAGCUGCAGCCCUGGCCCAGAGCCCCGAGCACGUGGUUCGGGCUCUGCUCAACCACGGUGCCGUCCGUGUCUGGCCAGGGGCCCUCCCCAAGGUGCUGGAGCGCUGGAGCACGUGCCCUCAGACCAUUGAGGUCCUGAUGAACACCUACAGUGUUGUGCAGCUUCCCGAGGAGGCUGUGGGCCUGGUGCCUCCUGAAACUCUGCAGAAACAUCAGCGUUUCUACUCCUCCCUCUUCGCCUUGGUGAGGCAGCCCAGGUCGCUGCAGCAUCUGAGCCGCUGUGCGCUCCGCUCCCACCUGGAGGGCAGCCUGCCCCACGCGCUGCCCCGCCUCCCCCUGCCACCGCGCCUGCUCCGCUACCUGCAGCUGGAUUUUGAGGGCGUGCUCUACUAGAUGACCACGGCCUUUUGAGAGGGCCUGAAAGCAGAUGCCCCAGCCUACAGAGGGCGCACCUCUGCACUAACUCAGGCCAGGUAGCCUAACAGCAGGAGGCCCAGCUACGCAGGCAGGUGUGGAUGCUGCAAUUCCCAGUGCAGAGAAGUGGACUGACAGCGGCCGCCAGAUGAUGUCUGAUGAAGACACACUCCUGUCGGGGCUCUCCUGGGGCCCCCUUCUAGCCUGUGCAAACCCUGUAUGUGCAUUAAAAGUCUUCAGGUC